CUAUCCAUACCCAUACCCUAAAUCUAUAGAGCUUUGUAUUAUUACCCUUUAUACUCACGAAAAAAUAAUCCCUCUGGGAAUCUCUAGAAACUUUUUACUCAUCGAUACAGGUCAAUUUCGAUGAUUGGCUCCCGAUUGAGUUUAAGGCACAACAGCCAUAUAGAAAGGGCCAUCUCGAAAACUGCCUAGAAAUGAAAAUACAAAUGUUAUCUUAUUAGAUAAAUCUGCAUCAUCCCUUCCUGUAGCCUGCAAAUCCAUAAGCGAGUAUGGUAGAUGAGAAAAACUUGCUUCCUCGCCCAUACAAAAAGAAAGAUCAGUUUUAAAGUUGGUGGCACUGACAUGCUUGUAACCAAAUGUUAUGCUACUCUUCAAGUGGUGUGAUGGGCGGAGUGCACACGAGCACUGCCAUGAGAAUACCUUCCGUUCCUCUGAUUGUGCCUGUUCACCUGUGUAACAUAAAUAAUAUCGAUAUUAAGAAGAUCUACAGGAGUAAGAAAAUAUUAAGUGGCAGAGGAAGAGGCAGAUGUAGAUUUUCGUGUGUGAGAGCAAGUUCUAAGAGGGAGGAAUCUCCAUACCAAGUGCUGGGAGUAGCUCCCUAUGCAACUCCGCAAGAAAUCAAACAAGCUUACAGGAAAUUAGCUCUUAAGUACCAUCCUGAUGUCAAUAAACAGCCAAAUGCCCAGGAAAAGUUUAUGCGCAUUAAGCAUGCAUACAAUACUUUAUUGGACUCAAAUUCUCGCCUUAAGUAUGAUUUUAGAAACCAUCAAGCUGAUUCAAGUCGAGAAACUAAGAAGGGUUUUCAAAAGAGAUCUGGAGAUGAGGAUGAUUUCUAUGGACUGGAAGACUUCUUCCGGGAUUUGGAAACAGAGUUCCGUAACUGGGAAGCCAGUGCAGAUUCACAAGCAAAACCAAAAAGCUUAUGGGAAGAGCUUGCGGAGCUUGGAGAGGAAUUUGUUGAGUUUUUAGAAAAGGAAUUAAACAUUACUGAUGAAAGCAAUGGAAUGGAGACAUCAAAUUUACAAGAAACUAAAGAUUCAAGCAGAAAUGGAGAUUCCUUUGAAAAGGAGAACAGUCAACAAGAUAACUUAGAAAAUGCCAUUGAUGAGGUUGAAGCUGCAUUAGCUCAACUAAAGAGAGAGUUGGGACUUUAGGGCUUUCUAAAUAUUCAAAUCCUAUUUACAUUGUGGUGAUAUUUGUUUAUUUAGAAGACACAGUCAAAAACCUUGUGGAAUGCUCUUAAUUCUUUAAAAUACUAAAAAAAUAGCUUUUCUUUGUUGGGAA